GGCCAACAACCCGAAGAGAUCGGGUCUUCUUGACCCGUUUUGGGAUCCAAUAUCUCAAUUCUCAAUAACCCUUUUUAACUCCGAUUCGAAACUAAAACCGAUCACUGGCCUCCAGAUUUCUUCCGUCCGUGGUUUAUCGAUCCCGAACCCUAAUGGAUCAUCAUCAAGAGGAGGAAAGCAACCGCGAGAAACAAGACGACGAGAAGGAAGCUCUUGCUCGUCUUGAGGAGAUUAAGAAGUCAAUCGAAGCUAAGAUGGCUCUUCGUCAAAACAAUCUCAAUCCUGAACGACCUGAUUCGGCGUAUCUUAGGACUCUGGAUUCUAGUAUCAAGCGCAAUACAGCAGUUAUCAAGAAGUUGAAGCAGAUCAACGAGGAGCAGCGUGAAGGGCUCAUGGAUGAUCUGCGAAGUGUAAACCUUAGCAAAUUCGUUAGUGAAGCUGUUACUGCCAUUUGUGAGGCCAAGCUCAAAAGCUCAGAUAUACAAGCAGCUGUCCAGAUAUGCUCACUACUUCAUCAGAGGUAUAAAGAGUUCUCUCCUAGUCUAACACAAGGGCUCUUGAAAGUCUUCCUUCCUGGAAAAUCCGCCGAAGACGUAGAUGCAGACAGAAACUCAAAGGCCAUGAAAAAGCGCAGUACCCUAAAACUUCUUUUGGAGCUCUACUAUGUUGGAGUAAUAGAAGAUAGUAACAUCUUCAUCAGUAUUAUUAAGGACCUUACCAGUGCUGAACACAUGAAAGAUCGAGAUACGACCCAGACAAAUUUGACACUUCUUGCCGGUUUUGCUAGGCAAGGAAGAGUUUUUCUUGGGCUUCCCAUAUCUGGACAAGACGAAGAUUUUUUUAAGGGGCUCGGCGUCACUGCAGAACAGAAAAAGAAUUUUAAGAAAACUUUCAACACAUAUUAUGAUGCUCUGGCAGAGUUGCUUCAGUCUGAGCACAAGUCACUUCAACAAAUGGAAAAAGAAAAUGCAAAGCUGGUAAAUGCUAAAGGGGAGCUUAGUGAAGACAGUGCAUCGUCAUAUGAAAAGCUGAGGAAAUCAUAUGACCAUCUCUAUCGAAAUAUCUCCUCUUUGGCUGAAGCACUUGAUAUGCAGCCUCCUAUUAUGCCAGAGGAUGGUACAACUAGGCUCACAGCAGGGGACGAAGCCUCAUCGCCUGGUGCUGUAAAAGAUACAUCUGUCCCUGAACCUGUUUGGGACGAUGAAGAGACCAAGACAUUUUAUGAGUGCUUGCCUGAUCUGAGGGCAUUUGUUCCAGCAGUCUUGUUGGGAGAAGUGGAGCCUGCAAAGACAAAAAACAAAUCAUCUGAGUCUAGCUCUGAAGUUGUCGAAAGUCAACAAACAGCUGAAGACACAACAGAGUUUCCUGCUGAUUCUGGUAAUAUGGCUGAUGUCUCAAUUACUGAGCAGCCAAAAGAGAAGGAUGACGUAGACAAGGAAAAGGCUAAGGGUGCUAAGAAGGAAAAAGGGAAAGAAAAGGAUAGUGACAAGAAAUUGGAAAAUGAGAAGGAGAAAGGCAAGAGCCUUGACGUGGCAAACUUCGAAAGAUUGUUACAGCGACUUCCUGGUUGCGUAAGCCGUGAUCUUAUUGACCAGUUAACGGUGGAAUAUUGUUAUUUGAAUUCCAAAACAAACAGAAAAAAACUUGUCAAAGCGUUAUUUAAUGUCCCUAGGACAUCUCUGGAGUUGCUAGCAUACUAUUCGCGUAUGAUUGCAACACUAGCAACGUGCAUGAAAGACAUCCCUUCUACGCUUGUGCAGAUGUUGGAGGAGGAGUUCAAUUAUCUAGUCCAUAAAAAGGACCAAAUGAAUAUCGAAUCAAAAAUCCGGAACAUCAGAUUUAUUGGAGAACUCUGCAAGUUUAAAAUUGUGCCUUCUGGGCUUGUAUUCAGUUGUUUGAAGGCUUGCUUAGAUGAUUUUACUCAUCAUAACAUUGAUGUUGCUUGCAAUCUUCUGGAGACAUGUGGCCGUUUCCUUUAUCGGUCUCCCGAGACCACACUCAGGAUGACUAAUAUGCUGGACAUAUUGAUGCGCCUAAAAAAUGUCAAGAACUUAGAUCCUCGUCAAAGCACUCUUGUGGAAAAUGCCUACUACCUUUGUAAACCACCUGAAAGAUCAGCACGAAUCUCUAAAGUUCGUCCACCAUUGCAUCAGUAUAUUCGAAAAUUGCUAUUCUCAGAUCUUGACAAAGAUUCCAUUACGAAUGUACUGAAGCAACUGCGGAAGUUGCCAUGGAGUGAAUGUGAGCAAUACAUCUUAAAGUGUUUUAUGAAGGUUCACAAGGGAAAGUAUGGUCAGAUUCACUUAAUUGCUUCCCUGACUUCUGGAUUGAGCCGCCAUCAUGAGGAGUUUGCGGUGGCUAUUGUUGAUGAGGUACUGGAGGAGAUAAGGGUUGGGCUUGAGUUGAAUGAAUAUGGGGCACAACAGAAGCGUCUGGCCCAUAUGAGAUUCUUAGGGGAGCUGUACAACUACGAGCACGUAGAUUCGUCUGUGAUAUUCGAGACGCUUUACUUAACUCUUUCAUAUGGUCAUGGUACUUCAGAGCAAGAGGUGCUGGAUCCGCCAGAAGAUUUUUUCCGUGUCAGGAUGGUUAUCAUUCUUCUGGAAACAUGUGGACACUACUUUGAUCGAGGUUCUUCAAAGAAAAGGCUUGAUCAGUUUUUGGUACAUUUCCAGAGAUACACACUGAGCAAAGGUCAUCUUCCUCUGGAUAUUGAAUUUGACUUGCAGGAUCUUUUUGCCAAUUUGAGACCCAAUAUGACCCGUUACACGACUAUUGAUGAGAUCAAUGCAGCUAUACUUCAGCUGGAAGAGCGUGAACAUGCUUCUACUGCAGACAAAGUCAGUGUAGAAAGACAUUCAGAUACAAAGCGUCCAGGCAUGUUUUUGAACGGUAAAAGUAAUGAAAAAAAUAUUGGAGAGAAUGGUGAAGCUCCCAAAGAAGAAAGCGACAGUGAUUCUGGUAGUGGCUCUGCUGUACGAGAUGGACAGAAUGAAGAGUUGGAUGAUGGAAAUCAUGAACGGGGAUCUGAUAGUGACGAUGGGGAUGACUAUGAAGAUGGCGUUGGACCUGGAUCUGAUGAUGAUAACGAAUUUCGGGUAAGGCAGAAGGUAGUAACCGUAGAUCCUGAGGAGCAAGCAGACUUUGAUCAAGAACUCAAGGCUUUACUUCAGGAGAGCAUAGAGCAAAGAAAGCUAGAAUUGCGUGGUAGACCAGCAUUGAACAUGACAAUACCAAUGAGUGUUUUCGAAGGAUCUGGAAAAGAUCAUCACCAUUUUGGGCGAGUCACAGGUGACAACGGUGAAGAAGUCGUGGAUGAAGAGAAUGGAGAGCCAAGAGAAGUUCAAGUAAAGGUCCUAGUGAAGAGAGGAAAUAAACAACAAACGAAACAAAUGCUAAUCCCGAGUGAUUGCUCGCUAGUGCAGAGCACAAAACAGAAAGAGGCUGCGGAUUUGGAAGAGAAGCAAGAUAUAAAGAGGUUAGUGCUCGAGUACAACGAGAGAGACGAAGAGGAAGCUAAUGGGUUAGGGACACAAGCCUCGAAUUGGAUACCUGGUGGAAGCAGAGGAAACACUCGUAGCACAGGUGAAGGAAGUGGGAAAGGUGGUGGAUCUCGUCACCGGUUUGUUUAUCAUCAAGGAGGUGGCGGUUCGUAUUAUUCCCGAAGAAAGUAAGGUCUCGAUCAGCUCUCUGUGUCCAGCAUGUUUGAUCCAACUUUAACUUGGAUUUUGCUUUUCAAACAAAAACUAAUACUCCAUCCGUUAUGUUUUGCUUCAAUGCAUAAGAAUUAAAAUUUUUACUUUUUAAAAGAUAAUAUUGUUAAAUAAUAUAAAUUAAAUAUAAGUUAAUUAAUCGUAAAUAAUACAGUAAAA